GUGCCUUGCUGGCUGGACUGAUGUCUCGAGGAUUCUUCUCAACGACUUCCGCCUCCUUCUGUGCAUUGUCCAUAGCUACGUCAGCUCUCCGACCGACCGACCGGGCGACCUUCGCGUAACCUCCCCUCCCCCGACGAGCGCUUCUUGACAUGGGUGCCCCCAUUUAGACAACGAUACGCCGUAGCAUCAUCAAUCUUAUGACUUUUGUGAGUGUUCGUCGAUGUGUGAUCUUCAGUUGAAUUCCUGAAGGAUGUGGCAGGCAUCAAGAGUGUCGAGGGCCAUCGUGUUGCAGCUUUACGUAAAGCUGCAAUUGUGAUGUAGCCGUGGUCACGAAAUUGCUUUCCUGGGGUUCGGAGCGUGAGCGAGCGAUGGGAACGCCAGCAGGAAGCAGAGAAGGAACGCCCUCGCAACCUCCCAGCGCUCAGCCUUUGGGCUGGAGCUCUGGAAUCUUCGAUUUCCAACUCGACUCCCCUGGAUGUACGCAACAUUCCCCCUCGAAAUCUCUCGUCCUGCUGACAUGCGAAAGCUCAUGCACGAAUUGUAAUGUCAGCAGCACCUGGAGCCGUUCCAUACCUCUCAAUAAAAUUCAUGAAUCUGCUGGUCAGCUUCUGGAGGAAGAUCGUCCUUACAAGACCACUCACACCACGAUUUGACAUUCUGAACGAGGAGCAGGGAGUGGAAGACGUAACUUAUCCAAUGCUUUCUCUCUCUAGGGCAGUGCUGCGGUGCAAGUUUUGGCUCGUUCUGUUUGAUUUGACAAUUUCGUGGCAGGUUGGUGGACGUGUAUGUGCCCGUGUUUAAUAUCCGGAAGGAUUGGAAAUUUUCUCGACGAUGGCAAUACGUCUUGUACCACAAAUGCCUGUUAUUACUGCCUUUUUUGGUGCUGUGUCACGGGCCGCCAUCGGCGAAAGUUGCGCAAAACGUUUAAUCUGCCGGAGGAGCCCAUGAAUGACUAUGCUACGGCCUUUUUUUGCCAUUGCUGUGCCCUUUGCCAGGAGAGUCGCGAGCUCACUAAUCAAGGACUUGACAUGGGUUUCAACGCUGUUUCGAGCUGCGGGAGUCCAACGUGCUUAUAUUUGCAUUCACCUGGUGAGGUUGAGAUGCAUAAACACUGAAGUGGGUACCACGAGCUUUAUGGUUCCUCCUCUAUGACAAUUCCAGAGCCAAGUACUCCGCUAGAACUCAAACUUGUUCCUGAUGUAAUCCUUCUCGGUUCCCUCAUGGACGUCAUUGGACAUCAUUUGGCGUUUCGCCUUUAUGGGCUGCGAGGCCCAUAAAGGCGAAACGCCAAACCUGAGGACUCGUUUAUGGAGGAACUUUUGAUGAGCUGCACUUAUAUUCUGUUCAGUCGAGUCUUCCUGAACAGAUGCAAUAGGAGUGCCUCUAGAUAGAAAGAGUCAUCAGAAAUGACGAUGUACUCACACGGCCUGACAAAUUGAAGAAAUAUCGUCUAACGUCCUGAGCCAAGAAUGUCUGAGUCGAAGAUAUCUUCAGUGCAGUAUGUAGUCUUGUUUCUUCAAAGGAACGAAAUCACAUGCUCUCGUUUGCCGUCCUGGCUGAGUACAGUACAUAUCUGUGCUUUCUGGUCAACAUGCAGCUCGCCAGCUCAGAUCGGGUGUUUAUCUACGUAUCUCCCGUAGGUUCCCCACCAGCCAUGGGGCGUUGCGAAUAGCGAAGUUGAUUCCAUGCAGUUUCUGAGUGGACUGACAUAAUUAUGCGGGUGCAAUUUCUCGUUCCAUACUUUUCGCCUGCAGCAGAAGACCUGAUUUCGUUGGACCACAAAGAGUAUUCUCUGCUACCACGUUCUGGAGAUUAACAUUGCUAGAUUUCAAGGAGUUGUCACCGUGUUUUAAACCCUAAACCCCGUUACUCUUCGCGCAUCACCUACGGAAGGUAUGCGGGCACGAAUCGCACAUUUCGUAUGCUCGGUCGACAGUCUAA